GCGCUGUUCACUACACAGAUAUUUUGUCAAGAAAAAUAUUGCCUGACGGUAAACAAUGUCGGAAAGAAAAGUUUUAAAUAAAUACUAUCCAGCUGACUAUGAUCCAUCAAAGAUCCCAAAGGGCAAGAGAAAUAGAAAUGCUACCUUUAACAUUCGUAUAAUGGCUCCGUUCAAUAUGAGAUGCAAUAUGUGCAAAGAAUACAUCUAUAAAGGGAAGAAAUUCAAUUCCAGAAAGGAGGACGUAAUGGAUGAAACAUACCUAGGUCUCAAAAUCUUCCGAUUCUACAUCAAAUGCCCUCGAUGUGUCUCAGAAAUAGCAUUCAAGACUGACUUGGAGCGUACAGAUUAUACAUUAGAAGCAGGAGCGAAGCGGCUGUUUGAGGCUGAAAAGAUAGCUCAACAGAUGGCAGAAGAAGAGAGAAAAGCGAAGGAGGAGGAUGAGAUGAAUCCUAUGAAGAUGUUGGAGAACAGAACAAAGGCAAGUAGAGCUGAGAUGGAUCAGAUUGACACACUGGAAGAAUUAAGAGAGAUAAACUCUAAGAAGAACCAGGUAAACACAGAGGAAAUGAUUGAGAAAUACAGGAAAUACGAGGAACUUCUCGCACAGCUUCAGAUGGAAAAAGAGGAAGAAGAGAUCAAAGAUAUAUUUGGAGAGAAAGGUACAAAGGUUGUGAAGAGACUGAAUGAUUCUGACAGUGAAGAGGAAGGUCCUGUAAAGAAGAAACUUGCAGUGAAUCUAUCUUCAGACAGCAAACCUACAGACAUACUUGCUGUGGAUUCAAAAAAACAGCUAUCACAAAAACCACAAGAGUCAUGGCAAAAGAGUGUUGGAAGUCUUUCAUCCAAACAGAAACUGAAAGGCUUAGUGGUGAAGAAGAAGCCGUCUACCCUACCAUCAGUGUCUACCACAGCUACAAGCAAUAAUGGACAGACUUUAGAUAGUGUUGAGUUAACAGUUAAUAAUGGUAAUGCAAACAAAAGUGAUAAUGAUGUUGGAAAGUGUGCCAACAUAAAAGAGGCAUCUGAAACUAAUACAGACUCAGAUUUGGAAAAUUCAUGUAAAGUUGGUACACAAUUUCAAGAAGUAAAAUCAACGGAAGAUCGUUCAGAGACAAAAUCGAAUGUAGUUUCAGUUGUAAGUGAAUCAUCAUCUACAACUAGUUCUGCUACUUCAGGGAACAAAACCUCUGCUCUGGGUUUAAUAGGAGAUUAUUCUGAUUCCGAGAGUGAUUCUUCCGGCUGAGCUGAUCAAAGGUUUGGUGUUACUUAAUGUAAGAGUAAGCUUUAGCUCUGAUAUGAUUAUUAUUUUCUAGAUUUAUAAGACCUUUCAAAGGGGCAUUUUUCCAGAUUCAUGUCAUUAUAUUUCCAAAUUUACAAUUCCUAUUAUUAUUUACUACCGGUCAAAAUUAAAACUAACUUGAUUCAUUGAGUUUAUAAAAACAUGCCUAUAGUCUGUUAUUUGUAUUUUGACAUAAAGUGUAUGAUGCAUUCUAUGUUAGAUGAAGUUAUACAUAGAUGCUUUUCUGGAGUCAUGUCCCUAGAAAGAAAGUGUUGAUCUACAGUUGCUCCUGUAAAGAAAAGACUAUAUUUAUGUAGUAAUCAAUUCAUCAACAUUUUAUGUCUGAAACUUUGACUUUGACUUUAAAAGGCUAAAUUUUCUAUUGAGUUAAGUCAUUGUUAAAUUUGUUCAUAAUGUGCUGAAACAUAGCAUGUAGAUGAAUUCUGUAGCAACAGUAUACAGUUUUUCAAAAUUGCAGCAUAAUAGAUAUUUUAUAAGAUGUUUGCUGUUCUUAAUUCAGACUUUAAGAUGUUGAUGAAUAUGGAUCCAGUUGUAGUAAAUGUACAUAGAUUUGACUUAAUUUGUUUUUUAGACAAACCAGUUAUUUUCAUCAGUAUGCAAUUUAACAGAAAAAGUCAGAUAGGUUGAGUAUUAAGAAUAGUCAAUAAUGAAAGUGUUCAUGGAAAGCAGUUGGUGAAUCUUUAGCUCACCAGUGACCUGUUACGCAGGGACAGGGUGAGCUUUUGUGAUCGCCCUUCAUCCGUCGUCUGUCCGUCCACAAUUUCCUUGUGAACAAGAUAGAGACCACAUUUUGUAUUUGAUUUUAAUCAAACUUGCACACAACUUGUAUGGGCAUAAUAUCUCAGUUUCUUUCGAAAAUUGGCCAGAUCUAAUUAUGGGUUCCAGAGUUAGGGCCCCUUACAGGGCAAAAUUUGCUAUUUUUGGCUUGUGAAAAUGAUAGAGACAACAUUUUGCAAUCAACUUUAAUCAAACUUGCACAUAAGUUGAAUUGGCAUGAUAGCUAGCUUCCUUUUGUAAACUGGUCAGAUCCCUUCAUGGGUUCCAGAGUUACGGCCCCUUAAAGGACCAGAAUUUGCUAUUUUUGGCUUGUGAACAUGAUGGAGACGAACAUUUUGCAAUCAAUUUUAAUCAGACUUGCACACAACUUGUAUUGGCAUAAUAUCUUGGUACAUUUCCAAAACUUGCCAGAUCCCGUCAUGGGUUCCAGAGUUAUGGCCCCUUAAAGGUCCAAAAUUUGCUAUUUUGGUUUUUGCAGCCGUAUGGAGACUUCGUUUAUGGUUUGAAUUGAUACAAAUAUUUACAAUAACAAUAAAUCUUGGAUUGCAUGAUGGAUCUGUCAGAUCCAAUCAUAGGUUCCAGAGUUAUUUAUAUCUGAUUACCUCCCCUGAUUUUAAUCAAAAUGGAUUUAUAUCAGUAAGUACUUACAGGACUCAUUUGAAAUUUCAGUAUUGUCAUUAGUUGGACUGAGACAAUCAGGGUAGAUAACUAUGGACUGAGUUUAUGUCAAAUUACUUCCCUUUAUUUCAAAUUAAAUUGGGUAUAUCUCCUUAACUAAUGAAGAUACUGAUCUGAAAUUUCAUAUAUGCCAUCAGAUGCACUUGGACAAUCAGUGGAGAUACAUUUUGACUGAAUUUAUGACAAGUUACCUUCCUUUAUUUUAUGUAUAUAAAUAUACAUCAGCAGCAUCUAAUGAGAUUUGGUUUUUAAGUCUUCCAGGGUAAGGAAUAGUCAUGCUAGUACGAAAAUGCAGCAUUUAAGAUUAGGACCCUCAAACUUGGUAUGGAGAUUGGCCCUGACUAGUGCGUGACCCGUAGGCCAAAAGGGGCUGUUACAAGAAAUUGUCUAUCCUGAUGAUAUUUAAUGUGUAGGCCUAUGUGAUCUAUGCCAAAACUUGGUCUUAAUUCUUAUCAUUAAGAGCAAUGGUACUCAGGUGAGCGAUAUAGGGCCUUGUUAUAUAAACUGGUUGAUCCUGUCUUUGAAGACUAGAUAUGAUUUGUAUGUUAGAAAACUUGCUGUCCUCAGUUUGUUAUAUGUUGAUACCCUAAAAUGGUCCUCCAACCACACAGAAAACAGUUAUUUUGAAAAAAGCAUUAAGGUUAAGGAAGGAAAAUACAGUUUGAUUGUGGGAACAAUUUGAAUUAGUGAAGAAGCAGCUAGUCUUUAUAUAUUAUAAAUGCAGAAGUCUAUGCGGGAUCAAGUAAAUUAUAAAGAAAAAAUAAACAACAUUAAAUGGGUUACAUAAUAUUUGCCUACCGGUUUUGUUUAUUAUUACUCAUCAGGGCAAAUAAUACAAUAUGGCGUUAAAAAAUGUGUAAUUGCCAAGAAAAGUCGUUUUUGCAUACACAUGUGUACACAACAUAAUUAUUGUGGCGUCAUCAAUUUUGGUUAAGUUUCGGUUUAAAAAUAUUCUUUCUUCAAAGAUACUGUUGUGGUAGAUCCUCCUGCUCGUAAAAAAUUGAAAUAAUUGUGUACAUUUAUAUUAUGUUCUUUUAGUAUUUCUUAAGAGUAGUUAUACCCCCACAAAACGAAGUUUGUGGGGAAAUAUAGGAGUGAGCUUGUUGGUCGGUUUGGUCUGUCUGUCCGUCUUUUGGUUUUCAUGGUUUCCGGAUGAUAACUCAGGAAAAGCUUGAUCGAUUUAAAUAAUUUAUGGUACACAGGUAUAACAUCAGAAAAUACAAGUCAAGUUCGACAUUGGGGUCAGUAGGUCAAGGUCACAGUGACCCUAAACAGUAAAACGGUGUCCGGAUGAUAACUUGAGAACGCUUGGGCCUAGGAUCAUAAAUUAUGGUACACAGGUGUAACAUCAUGAAAUACAGGUCAAGAUUGACUUUUAGGUCACUAGGUCAAAGGUCAAGGUCACAGUGACUCUGAACAGUUAAACGGUUUCGGGAAGAUAACUAGAGAACGCUUGGGUCUAGGAUCAUAAUUAUUUUUUAGUACACAGGUGUAACAUGAUAAAAUACAGGUUCGAUUUUGAGGUUAUUAGAUCAAAGGUCAAGGUUACAAUGACACGAAACAGUUAAACGGUUUCCAGAUGAUAACUUGAGAACGCUUGGGCCUAGGAUCAUAAAAAUGAACAGGGAGAUUGGUUAUGACCAGCAGAUGACCGUAAUGAUUUUGAGGUCAGUAGGUCACAGGUCAAGGUCACAGUGACCUGGAACAUUUAAAAUGGUUUUUGGACAAUAACUUAAGAACGCUUUGGACUAGGAUCACGAAACUUAAUAGGGAGGUUGGUGAUCAUGACCAGCAGAUGACCCCUAUUCAUUUUGAGUUCCAAAGGCCAAAGGUCAGAGUGACCCAGAGCAUUUAAACCUUUUCCAGACAAUAACUUGAGAAUGCUUGGGCUGAGGAUCAUGAAACUUCAUAGGGAGGUUGAUCACAACCAGCAGAUUACCUGUAUUGAUUUUUGGGUCAGUAGGUCAAAGGUCAAGCAAGUUCUACUUUGACAUUGGCUUAGUUCUGUGACAAGGCCAUAUUGUGGAGGUAUAAUUCGUCACUCUUGUGAUAAGUCUACUUUCCUUUGUUCUAAUUGCUCCAAAGACCUAUAAAUACCAGAAAGCAAAGGUAUCAGCUUUGACAGCAGUAACUUUAAAUGAAAAACUAAGUCAUUUGUAAAAAUUUAAUAUGGUGAUUGCAGUCCUAAAAUGUUCUACCAUGAUUACAGAUUUCUAAUAUUUGUUUGGCUUUUAUUCUCUGGAACGUGUCUCAUGAUACAUCAUACUCAUGAACAUUUUGAUUUCUCUUUCAGCAUAAUUUUCUUUUAAUCUCAUUCAAACUAUCUUAGUGAUACAUGCCUAGUGAUGCGUUUCCACUUGCUAUGUCUCUCACCACACAGUGGUGUGGGAGACAUAAUUGAUUUACUCCUGUCUGUGUGUGUUUGUCUGUCUGUCUGUCACAAAGCUUGUCCGCACUCUAAGUCGAACAUUUCUCAUCUGAUCUUCACCAAACUUGAACAAAGUAUGUUUGACCAUAAGACCUUGGCCAAGUUAAUAACUAGCCAAAUCGGUCCAGGCAUAUUGGAGUUACGGCCCUUGAAUUACCAAAAAUCGGCCUUUUUACUCUUGUCCGCACUCUAAGUCAAGCAUUUUUCAUCCUGUCUUCACCAAACUUGAACAAUAUGUGUUUAACCAUGAGACCUCAGCCAGAUUUGAUAACUAGCCAAAUCGGUCCAGGCAUUUUGGAGUUACGGCCCUUGAAUUACCAAAAUAUCAGCCUUUUUACUCUUGUCUGCACUCUUAAGUCGAACAUUUCUCAUCCGAUCUUCACCAACUUGAACAAAAUGUUUUUGACCAUAAGACCUCGGACAAGUUCGAUAAUGAGCCAAAUUGGUCCAGGCAUUUUGGAGUUCUGGCCCUUGAAUUGUAGUGAGUAAACAGUAUAUAAAGACUGACUUGCUAUUUAGAUGAUUAGGCAGUUGUGGGAGACAUUCGCUUUUCUCAAAAGCAGCUUUAGUUUACCUCUGAACACAAUAACCUGUCAUUAGUGCCAUCAUGGCCCUCUUGUUUGACUUAUAUGCAUUCAAUUGACAAGGCUGUUGAAUAGUUGAGUAUUGCCAUCCUCAGACAGCUCCUGUUUCUAUACUUUAUUACAACCAAAUGUUUUGUUUAUUAUUUUACAGUCCUUUGGCAUUUCUCUUAUAAUUUCCCCUUUAAAAGACUAUAGUGUUUUACUUUUUGUGUAAAUGUGAAUACAAGUUAACAUUUCAUAAAGAAAAAGAUAAGAACAGUGUCUAAUGUCAAUGAUGUGAGUGUAGGUCCACACACACACAGCCAUGUAUAACCUGUUUGAUUUUAUUGCAUGUGUUCUGAAAUGUUGUCAGUUGAAUCCUGUUGUUGAAGAUAUGUGCGCAAUCUAGCAGAAAGAGAAAAUGUAGGGUGGUUUUUCAUAUGUUUCAAUAGUGUUUUUCUUGUAGGCAGUCUGUUGUAACUUUGGUUUGUAAAACAAGUAACAGUAAGUAAAUCAAAUGAAUAUACUGCUUUGUAACCAA